UUUUCUUUGACAUUUCGGCACUAGCAUUUCUUUUUCCCAUAGAUUUUUGUUAAAUAAUCUUUUAAAACGUUAUUAAUAAAUUAAAAAUGAAUAAUUUAACACGUUUAAUGGCCAAAUGUGUGGUACAAACACAAAAGCCCUCUUUAAUACCAGUUACUUCGACAUGGGCUUUGCAGUUGAGAACAAAAACCAAAGAGGUAGAAAAACCUAAACCAGGUGGCGGCCGCCAAUUCAGACGUAUAGUUCACUUCAAAGAUGAAUACACUAUUGAACCACUAAACACAACACAUCUUGCUGGUAGAGAUCCAGAGACAGGUCGUGUGGUAGCCAAGGGCAUUGGUGGUGGCAUUAAGCAAAAAUAUCACUGGGUUAAGUGGGUGCGCGAUGGACCUCUGGAGGGACCUGCACAAGAAGAAAAGGUUUUGGAAAUUUUAGAUGAUGGUUGUAGAACAGCCAAAAUUGCCUUGGUGGGUGUUGGUGAUGAAUUGAAAUAUAUAUUGGCUACCGAAAAUAUGAAAGCAGGCGAUAUUAUCAAAACUUCUAGAUUUAUACCCAGAAUUCCAGUACGACCCAAUGAAGGAGAUGCUUAUCCCUUGGGUGCUUUGCCGGUAGGCACUAGAAUACAUAAUUUGGAAAAGAAUCCCGGCUACCCUUGUCAUCUAAUACAUGCCGCUGGUACAUUUGGCACUGUUUUGCGCAAAUUCGAUGACAAGGUAGUAGUGCAAUUGCCCUCCAAACGAGAAUUUGCUUUUGAGAAGACUUGCAUGGCCACCGUGGGACGAGUCAGCAAUAUUGAACACAAUAAGCAGCAUAUAGGCUCUGCCCAGCGCAAUCGUGAAUUGGGUAAUCGUCCCCGUUCUGGUUUGUGGCAACGCAAAGAUGGUCGUUUUGGUCGUAAGAUACGCAAACUGCCGCCCAUGACUUUGGUUACACCACCCCCUGGCAAACCCGCGGAAAUCAUUAAGCUUACGUUACCUUUGUAAAAUAUUUUUAGCCAAAAUUUAUUAAAUUCUUAAAAUAAACGAUAUCUUGUUAAAAAAAAA